AUGCGUCUGUCCGUCCUCUUCGCCAUCCUGCCGGUGGUCCUUGGUGCGCCCGCCGCCAAGCGCUCCGAGCCUGCGCCUCUCCACAAGCGCGACGAUGCCAUCAAGGGCCAGUACAUUGUCAAGUUCAAGGACAUUGUGGCCAUGUCCGCUGUGGACGAGACGGUCAGCGGCCUCUCGGUGGAGCCCGAGCACGUCUACGAGACCCUGAUCCGUGGCUUCUCGGGCAAGCUCGACGAGGAGACCGUUGAGGCGCUCCGCGCCAACCCGGACGUCGACUUUGUCGAGGAGGACGCCAUGGUCUCGAUCGAGGCCUACGUGACCCAGAGCGGCGCCCCCUGGGGUCUGGCCCGCCUCUCCUCGCGCUCGCGCGGCAGCAGCUCGUACACCUACGAUAACAGCGCCGGCGCCGGCACGUGCGCCUACAUCCUGGACACGGGCAUCGACGCCAGCCACCCCGAGUUUGAGGGCCGCGCAAGCCUGAUCGCCAACUACGCCGGCGGUGUCAACGGCGACGCCCAGGGCCACGGCACCCACGUCGCGGGCACCAUUGGCAGCCGCACCUACGGUGUCGCCAAGAAGACGAGCCUCUACGCCGUCAAGGUCCUCGGCGACAACGGCAGCGGCUCCAUCUCUGGCAUUGUCGCGGGCAUGGACUUUGUGGCCUCGGACUCGCGCGGCCGCUCGUGCCCCCGUGGCGUCGUCGCCAACAUGUCCCUCGGUGGUGGCUACUCGGCCUCGCUCAACAACGCCGCCGCCCGCAUGGUCGACAACAAUAUCUUCCUGGCCGUCGCCGCCGGCAACGACAACGUCAACGCGGCCAACUUCUCCCCGGCCUCGGAGCCGUCGGCCUGCACUGUUGGUGCCAGCGACUCGUCCGACCGCCGCUCCAGCUUCUCCAACUACGGCAGCCUGGUCGACAUCUUUGCUCCUGGCAGCUCCAUCAUCUCGACCCUGCCCGGCGGCCGCACUGGCUCCCUUUCGGGCACCUCGAUGGCCUCUCCCCACAUUGCCGGUCUGGGGGCCUACAUCGCCGGUCUCGAGGGCUUCCCCGGCGCCGAGGCUCUCUGCGCCCGUCUCCGCACGCUGUCGACCAAGAACGUCCUCUCCAACGUGGGCAGCGGCAGCCCCAACUACCUCGCCUUCAACGGCAACCCCUCUGGUUAA